UGACACAACACACAAGUGUCUGUGACGAAUGAUUGAUUGUUGAAACGUCAAACCACGGAAUUGUUGUGAAUCUAUUAUUUCACUUUUUUACUCUUUCUAUAACUGUUUGCGAUUAAUAUUUCAAGAUGAACAGAAUAUUCGGAAGAGGAAAACCUAAGGAACCUGGUCCAAGUAUUACGGACUGUAUAAGCAAUGUAGAUAGCAGGGCUGAUAAUAUUGAGCAGAAGGUCCAGAAACUGGAAUCCGAGCUCAGGAAAUAUAAGGAUCAGAUGAAUAAAAUGAGAGAGGGACCAGCAAAGAAUUCAGUGAAACAAAAGGCAAUGAGGGUGUUAAAGCAGAAAAAAAUGUAUGAACAGCAGCUAGAGAACUUGAGGGCGCAAUCUUUCAAUAUGGAGCAGGCUAACUAUGCUACACAGACCCUAAAAGACACACAAGCAACUGUAGCAGCCAUGAAGGACGGAGUCACACAGAUGAAGAAGGAGUUCAAGAAGAUUAAUAUUGAUAGCAUUGAGGAUGUUAACGACGAGUUGGCAGACAUGUUGGAGCAAGCGGACGAGGUCCAGGAAGCGAUGGGUCGCCAGUACGGCAUGCCGGAGAUCGAUGAUGAUGAGCUUGCUGCUGAAUUAGAUGCCCUGGGUGACGAAAUAGCGUUAGACGAUGACGCAUCGUACCUAGACGACGUGGUGAAGGCACCGGCGGCUCCCGACAAGGAACCAGGAGCCGACAGUGUCCGCAACAAGGACGGGGUCCCAGUUGAUGAAUUCGGGCUACCACAAGUACCCAGUGCCGCGCAAACUUCUCGCUGAUCUGUUACGUCACACGCGGUACAGGUAAAGGCUUUAAAAUCUACGAUUUGCUUUUAAGUCAACCACCUUGUUAAUGUAGUGUAUCUUUUUUUAUUUUUUUUUUAUUGGCGCGUAUGUUGUCUUUUUUAAGCUGUGGCGAAAAAUAGAUUAUCGUUUUAUAAAUUUGUACACCGAAAAUAAAUAUAUUAUUGUAAAAUUAAUUUUAACAAUACUUUUAAUGUCUUGAUGACAAAAAAGUUCUUUAUAACAAUGAAAUUCAAUUGGCCAUCCUGACAGUUACUUAAUUUGCAGUUUAGAACUUAUUAGGUACGAGUUAAUUUAUAGUGCCUGACAUUGUGCUUUAUACAUCGUUGCGCACAAUUUUUCAAGCCAAUAUAUUCUGAAUUUUACUAUAAUAUCGUUUAAAUUAAUAUACAUAACACACUUACGCGUACCUCUUUGUUUUACCUCAAUAUUAUAAAAUUUUAUAAUAACACCUGUACUGCACCUAAACAUAAUAAUACGUUAAUAAUUAUAUGUUGUAUUAAACUAAGGGUUAAAACAUUGCAAUUUCACUUUGUAAACACGUUAAAUAACAUUCAUUCGUUGUAAAAUUAUUUAGUUUUACAUUAAUGUUAGGAUUUUACUAAAAUUCGAAUUGUAACUAUAGAACGUUUUAAGUAUAUUUGCACUUUUAAUUACAAAGAAAUGCAUUUUUUGCAACCAUUGUGUUGUCAUAAUAUACAGGUUGAUUCUUUUUCACAAAGUGUUGCCAGAUAAAAGAUUUUUGGUAUUUUUUUAAUGAAAUGAAAUGAAAUGAAAUGAAAUGAAAUGAAAUGAAACAUUUAGAUGUCGAUUAUUAUUUCGAAUGAUCUUGUUCUUGUCAUACAAGGUGAAGUAAAAAAUUGCAUUGUAAUGUUGUUUUGUGAUUCAAAUUCUAUUCUUAGCUCGUGUAACAAUAUGUAAAUGUAAUCUAGUGCUUAUAAUUUUUAUAUACUUAAGUUAAAUAUAUUAUUAUCUUUAUA